AUGGUACGACUGGAAGAUCGUGAGCUCUUAUCCCAGAAUGCUCGAGAUGAAUUUGAAAACCCACUACCUCAGAAGCAUUGCAAUGAUGGAUGCAUUAUCUAUCUAUCCCUCGUCGACUUUGACCUAGCAGUCCAAGGUGAUAUUCUUCAGGAUGGUUGUAUCCAGGCGGAGGUAUAUCGUGCGCCAGAGGUCAUCCUUGACAGAGGGUACACGUAUAGUGCUGAUAUAUGGACUUUGGGAGUUAUGCUAUGGGAUUUUCUAGAAGGACGAACACUGUUUGAAUCAGUUGAUCCACGCAUCGUUGAAGUUUAUGAUGACGAAACGCAUCUUGCGUAUAUAACGUCGCUUUUGGGUCCUGCCCCCAAAGACUUUGUUCACCGCGGCAAGAGGACAUCUAUGUUCUAUACGGCCGAUGGAAAACUCAAAAAGGAAGACCUUGUCCCUAGUACCUUUAGCUUUGAAAGCACCAUCUCCAAGUUUGAUGGGGAAGAAAAGAGGAUGUUUAUUAGCUUCGUUAACCGGAUGAUCAAAUGGAAACCCGAAGAGCGAAGUACGGCGAAGGAGCUACUACAGGAUCCAUGGCUUCAUAACGAUUAUCCGCAAAUAUGA